GCCCCCUAUUUGGUUUAAUUAUCCGCGUUCGACGCGGCUUGCAUCUAAAUCGCAUCUCUAGCCACAUCAACCUUCACCGGCCAAUUUCGCAUCAUUCAUUUGAGCAGGCGCAGUAGAAGAAGGAAUCUGAUUUUCGGGGGGCCCUUUUCGAACCUAAAAGGGUUGAAAAAAAAGGAAAAUAAAGCAGAACAGAAGGACAGAAGAUAAAGAAACAAGAUGCCAUCUCCCGUCCGACUCGUCCAGGCUCUACUGCUGCUCCUGGCCAGCAACAAUGGCGCCCUGGCCGUCGAGCAGACGGCCGCCUGGGUCAGCGUCGACGAUUCCGGCGCCCCCAAGACGCUGACCCCGGUACUGAGUACCGCCAACGGCCUCCCGACCAUCGUGUCCAAUGCGGCGCCGCACGAGAUCACCGCUACCGUUUUCACCAGGACCCAACAUGGAUACAUCUCUACUAGCACCGGCUCCCCGAGCGUCUACAGCGCCACCUCUGGCGGCUCCAACGGCCAAGGUGCAUUCCCGCUCUGCAAGGCUGCGGCAGAGGCCAAAACGCCCCUCUGUCUGCCCAAGGAUGGAGCGACCUUGAACCCAGGAAUCACCUACUAUGUAACAUGGGAUCCAACCUUUCUCAAAAACGCCACCAACACCACCGUGACCAUCACGACGACCUACUACAACAUGACGACGGCCCUCCCGACCAACGAGACCAUCACGCCGUCCUCGACCGACGAGCACGCCAUCCCCUUCUCGCGUGGCUUCUACGCCUGGCCGGUGGGGUGGCAGAUCCUGCAGCCCGGCUGGCCCGAGAUGAACGUGACGCUGACGCUGACCACGACGACGCGCCACCUCAACACCACCACGGUGGCCGAGCACCGCGGCCCCGUCGUGCUGGUCGAGAAGGAAAAGUCGUUUCGGCAGCCCGACACGCCCACCCCUGCCGGGCCCGAGAUCUACAUCGCCCUGCCCGUCAUCCUGGGCUUCGUGCUACUCAUGGUGUUUGGCACGUGCGUGUGGAACCGCAACGCCCGCCGCAUCGACCUCGGCGCCCUCGUCGCCCGCAGCCGCCGCGGCGGUCGCUCCGAGCGUGGCCGUGGUCGCUACCAGCGGCUCGGUGGUGAUGACCAUGACGAUGAUGGCAACGGCGAGGGUGGCAUUGCCGGUGGCCGUGCCGGUCGCUCAGCUAGGCGUCAGAAGGACUCUAUCCGGCUCAUGGAGUACGACGAGGGCGAGGAGAUGGAGUCGGGCCGCUUCGGGAGGAGGCGCGACAGUGUCGACUCGCUGGGCAGCUUGGCCGCUAGCCCUGUGCGCCAGACGCGAAAGAGGCAUGGGGACUGA